CUUUUCAUUUACAACUUACUCUACGUCCAGAAAGUGAUGGGUGUAGUUAGCAAGAGGUCACAUCAGGCUGUCACAUCAGCCGGCACAAUGAAAUUUACAAACUGGUACUGCACACAUGUCCUGUUGUUUGCUGUCUCAUUUACUUGGGCUCUCCAUGAGAUACCGGCCCCAACAUAUCAGCACUGGGAUCCGGUAACAUCUCACUUUUUUACCUGUGACCAAUGCCCUCCUGGUACUUUUGUUCAACAUCACUGCAAUGCAAAUAGAAAGACCGUGUGCUCACCCUGUCCAGCGCAUCACUAUUCAGAGAACUGGCAUUGGGAUGAAAAGUGCCAGUACUGCACUGUGGUGUGCAAGGAGAAGCAGAACUUUCAACAUGAGUGCAACAGUACACACAACCGGCUCUGCAAAUGCAUGGAGGGCUAUCAUCUUGAAAUUGAAUUCUGUAUAAAACAUAGUUCCUGUCACUCUGGAUAUGGCGUAAAGAAGCCAGGUACAUCAGAAGAUGACACUGUUUGUGAGAGGUGCCCCGAGGGCUACUACUCAAAUGAACUUUCAGCUACAAAACCCUGCAUUAAACACACAAACUGUGCUGAACUAGGGUUAAGAACAUCUUCUCCAGGAACUGCGACAUGUGAUGCGGUGUGUGAUACGAAUGAGAAAGACUCGUCAUUUCCGUACUUUCAUAAUCAGCUUGUAUGCUACACAGAUAUUACACUCUGUGAGGAGGUCGUGUUCCAGUUUAUAGCAUCUCAAGGUUUACCUGCUUAUCAGCUGGCUAUGUUAAUGGACAGUUUGCCAGGUCAGAAAGUGGAUGGCAGAAAUAUAGAAAUGGUCAAAAAGAUAUGCAACCCCAAGCAACAGACUAUUCAUCUGUUAAAACUGUGGAUGCACCAAAACAAAGACCAGAACAAAAUCUACAACCUUAUUCAAGACAUGAAUCAAUGUGAAAGAGCUGUUUCCAGGUGCCCAGGCUUUAAGAACUUGACAAUGGACCAUUUUAAUGUAGUGAAGGAAAGUUUGCCAGGGAACAAGGUGAAGGAAGAGGAUAUCAGAUGGAUUGUGAAAACCUGUGAUCCCAAGCAGUAUAUUCCCCAGCUCCUGAGUCUGUGGAAGGCACAGAAUGCAGACCAAGAUACUGCAAAUGCGCUUUCUCAAAGCGUUAAGAAACUCGGAUCCCAGAAAGUGCCGAGAAAGCUUCUGCAAAGCCUUAGGAGAAUCGCAAACAUUUUCAACAGCUCUGCAAUACACAGAAUUUACCAGAAAAUGUUUUUGGAAAUUAUUAAGGGGAGUAAGAGUUUAAAAGCCAAAUCCCUUAAUGAAUAGACAAAGCUUUAUUUUUCUUAUAGGUGUUUUUUAGACAAAGCUUUAUUUUUAAGAAAAAUAAAGCUUUGUCUAUUAACACUUGAAAUGUAUUUGCUUACGAUUGUAAGUCGCCCUGGAUAAGGGCGUCUGCUAAUAAAUAAAUAAUAAUAAUAAUAUAGCCACUAGGCAGCUCCCUCCAUCUUCAUGGUAAUGCAUUAUCCUGUAUGAUUCCUUUUUAUAGAAGAGCCCUUUUUACAUUGAACACUACCAAAUGUGUUCGCUUCCGGGAGAGUUUAGUGUAAAUGGACCCUUACUCUGCCUGCUUCUAAUCCAUGUAAGGUUAUUUUUAUCCCUAAACUUUAUUUUUGAAAGUGAUCAUAAAAUCUUGAUAUUACCGGGCAGCAGUGUGGAGUAGUGGUUAGGGCUCUGGACUCUUGCCCGGAGGGUCAUGGGUUCAAUCACUGGUAGGGGACACCGCUGCUGUACCCUUGAGCAAGGUACUUUACCUAGAUUGCUCCAGUAAAAACCCAACUGUAUAAAUGGGUAACUGUAUGUCAAAAUAAUGUGAUAUCUUGUAACAAUUGUAAGUCGCCCUGGAUAAGGGCGUCUGCUAAGAAAUAAAUAAUAAUAAUAAUAAUAAUAAUAAUAAUAAUAAUAAUAAUCCAAACACAAGGUUACGAUCACUGGUGUCUUAGAAACCUGCAGUUGCUUCCAUUACAUUUCUACAGGAGUAUUGCAUCGCCCUGUUUACAAGCAUUUUUGACUGAAUUCAGCAGCUAUUAACGUAGUCAGAAUCCACUCAGUAUACACCUCUGUCCUUUACACUGGUAUAUUUUGAGUGUUUUGAAGAUGAUACCAUAGAAAUACACACACACACACACACACACAAAAAAAAAGAUUAUUUGCCAGCCUACACCUAAAAUCCACAUUCAAGACUUCUGCUGUUCGUUCAAAGUAGAAUGUAGUAGUGUCUUUUAUGCUGUUGUGUAGCAUCAAACGUUUUUUUAUAUGGUUUUUUUCUCUUUUUUGGGUCAGGUUUCUUAUGGGAUAAGGCAUAAGGUCUUUCUUGCCAAAAACAAGGAGUACUUUGCAGUAGUUGAUUUAUUAUUACUUGGAAGCUGCAACACUUUCUGACAGCAUUUUGUUUUAUGGAAGGUAUAUUCCUAUGAUUUGCCCUAAAUUCAUUUGUACAGGCCCGACCAUUAAAGAGUUAAAUUAUAAUUUCUUUAGAUGUGUAUGUCUUACGAUAUAUUGGAAGUUAUACUAAUACAAAAAUAUAUAAUUUGUAGUCCCUUACUCUUUGAAACAUAAAAAUGACUAACAGGAUCUUUAUAUGUUUUUAAAGUACUAAGCGACAAUCUUUGAAUAACCUGCAUUUCUCUAUUGCUCAAGAUUUAAAACAGCUGAAUUUGGGAUCUAGUGGAUCAUAAAAAAACAAUUUCUAUAAAUUCUGUAAGAUUUGGACAUGGAUGAUUGAACAUGAUGUCAUAAUCCCUGAAAAAUACCAGACAAUCUUUUACAUGGUAGUUUAUCAUAAACCAUGUUUGUUAUCAAUAAAUGUUGAUUGUCCAUCCAUCCAUCCAUCCACUAUCUCUAACCGCUUAAUCCUAUAGAGGGCGCCGUGAGCUGGAGCCUAACCCAGCAGACACAGGGCGCAGGCAGGACUACACCCUGGAAGGAAUGCCAGUCCAUCACAGGGCAACUAAGGGGCAAUUUAGAGAGGCCAAUCCACCUAGCCAGCAUGUCUUUGGGCUGUGGGAGGAAACCGGAGUACCCGGAGAAAAACCCACCUGAACACGUGGAGAACAUGCAAACUCCACACAGACCCGAGGCCGGAAUUGAACCCAGGACUCUGGAGCUGUUAGGCAGCAGCGCUACCACCACGACACCGAGCUGCCCCAAUGUUGAUUGUGUUUUUAUUUAUUAAUUAGAUUUCUGUUUACAAAGUCAUACAUUGUAUAUUAGCAUUAUUGCUCAGCAGAUGUUUUGCAAAUUGUUUUGUAUUGUGAUCAUUUAAGAAAAAUAAAUGGGUUAUGUUUGUGAGACUGCAUGUUAUUUGUAUCUGAAUUUCUAUUCACUUAAAUUAAUAUUUAAAUAUGUGUAUAACAG